CCGGUUGCAACUUGGCGUUAGCUGUCAACAAUAUCAAUUUAGAAGCAAUUUAAACUUGAUUAGAAAAUGUACCAAAAUUUGUAAAAUGUAUCUGUCGAGCUCAAAUGUUAUAAGUCAGCUUCAGCUAAAAUAUGAACGGCUCAGAUCCCAGCGAUGGGCCAAGCGGCAGCAAGUCGAGCAAAGGGAUUCAGACCUCCAAAAGCCUGCACCACGUAAAAAUAGUGGAAAAGAGUAAUGUCGAUGCCGUGCCCCUGAUGGUGAAUAGAGGCAGCAAUACGGAUGACAAAGGCGCUUACAUAUUUUCAAACACGGAGAGCGAAGAAGCCACAGCCGAUGCUGAUAGUGUCCGAUCAUGGCCUGGCAAGCGAAAACUAAUAGGCACCUCCUUAUCUCUUAAUACCCCAAAAGACCACAGUUCCGAAAGUGGGGAUGGUAGUGAUUCGAAUCCUGAUGACGUAUCACCCAAUCCUCCUGUGAUCGUCUCGAACGUGAAAUCUCGCGCCUACAACCCGGAGCGUCUUAUUGACGGGUCUGUGUGUCUUACGUCUUCCAGCUGAUUGGCUUCAUAGUCACCGGCGUGUCAAUGUUGUUGCUGAUCAUGUUCUCCUGGUUCCUAAUCAGUCAGCUCGACUUCUU